AUGGAGCUGCAACGGUUAGCAUUCUGCUGCUGCGUCUCCCAGAAGAGGGCGGAGCCUACUGCCGGAAGCUGCAGGAACACCGACGCUCCGGCGCUGAUGCUGCAGGCUGCAGACCCGGACGAGCUGCACCGACUCAACCGGAGCAUCCCACAGAUAAUCACGACCCCCGAACCGGAGACCAGCAGGCUGAUGUUGCCUCAGCUCAGAGCUGACCCAACGCCAGGCGAGGAGGACGAGGAGCUGCUGAAGGCCCGGUCCAGUCCGGGAGACGACGAGAUGCGGCCGCAGUCCGCCGCCAGCGUGGCCAGCGUCACGGUCCAGGAGCGCCUCAACCAGCUGGUCGGGCUCUUCAAGGGCCGGACAGAACGACACAAAGACCGCCUGGUGGAUCCUGACGAGUCCGAGGAGGAGAGCCCCACUGCCUCUCCUGCCAAAGCUCCACCGGCUCCUCCACCGCCCCCGCCUGGAGAGGAGAAGAAGGACGAACUGGAACCACCGCAGGAAGCGGAUCUGUUCCAGUUUGAACUCCUGGGACAUCCGGUCCAGCUCCCAAAACUUCCCCCGAUGCCCGACUGGCUACGGUCCAUCCUGGAGUACCGCUUUCCGUCCAGCAUCGACCCGUUCACUGACAUCAUCUAUGUGAUCUGGCUGUUCUUCGUGGUGGCGGCGUGGAACUGGAACGUGUGGCUGCUGAUCCCGGUGCGCUGGGCGUUCCCCUACCAGACUCCCGACAACAUCCACCUGUGGCUGCUGGCCGACUACACCUGUGACUUCAUCUACAUCGCAGACAUCCUGGUCUUCCAGCCGCGGCUGCAGUUCGUCCGCGGCGGAGACAUCGUGUGUGACAAGAAGGACAUGAGAGAGCAUUACAUGACCACCGAACGGUUCAAGAUGGACAUCAUCAGCCUGUUCCCCAUGGAGAUACUUUACUACUUCACCGGCGUGAACUCGCUGCUGCGCUUCCCGCGGCUGCUGAAGUACAUGGCGUUCUUCGAGUUCAACGACCGGAUGGAGGCGGUGAUGAAGAAGGCCUACAUCUACCGGGUGAUCCGGACCUCCACCUACCUGCUCUACUCGCUGCACAUCAACGCCUGUCUCUUCUACUGGGGCUCCGACUACGAGGGUCUGGGAUCCACCAAGUGGGUCUACAACGGGAAAGGCAACGCUUACAUCCGAUGUUACUACUUUGCUGUGAAGACGCUGAUCACCAUCGGAGGACUGCCGGACCCCACCACCGUCUUUGAGAUCUGCUUCCAGCUCAUCAACUACUUUGUGGGCGUGUUCGCGUUCUCCAUCAUGAUCGGUCAGAUGAGGGAUGUAGUGGGAGCGGCGACCGCAGGAGAGAACUACUACCGGGCCUGUAUGGACAGCACCGUCAAGUACAUGAACUCCUACAGCAUUCCCCGGGAAGUCCAGAACCGGAUCAAGACUUGGUACGACUACACCUGGAAGAGCCAGGGCAUGCUGGAUGAACAGGAACUCCUGAUUCAACUUCCUGCCAAGAUGAGGCUGGACAUGGCCGUCGACGUCAACUACUCCAUCGUCAGCAAAGUGGCUCUGUUUCAGGGCUGCGACAGGCAGAUGGUGUUCGAUUUGCUGACCAGGCUGAAGUCUGUCGUUUACCUGCCGGGAGACUUCGUUUGUAAAAAGGUGAGGCUGAAAGUUUCAGGAGCUACCGGGCCCCGGGGGGUCCUGGGGCCCCAGGGGUUUUGGGGGGGCCUGAGGGGGCCUGGGUCGAUGCUGAGGAGCCGCUGUGUGUUGCAGGGGGAAAUUGGACGGGAGAUGUACAUCAUCAAGCAGGGGGAGGUCCAGGUGGUGGGCGGGCCGGACCUGGAGACUGUGUUUGUCACCAUCAGAGCCGGUUCCGUGUUCGGAGAGAUCAGCCUGCUGGCGGGGGGCGGAGGGAACCGGCGCACCGCCAACGUGAAGGCGCACGGCUUCGCCAACCUGUUCAUCCUGGACAAGAACGACCUGGCAGAGAUCCUGGUCCACUACCCCGAGUCCCAGAAGCUGCUGCGCAAGAAGGCCAAGACGAUGCUGACCAAAGACAAGAAGCCGGAGGACAAGGAGACGCAAAAGGAGGCGGCUGAGGUCAUCCCCCCCCGACCCGACACCCCCAAACUGUUCAAGGCCGCCCUGAAGGUCACGGAGCGCGCCGGCAUAGAGGGAACAUUCGCCAGGAUAAAGAAGGUUUACCAACCAGCUGAGGGCCAAACAGAGGUAGGGAAGGAAGGAAGGAUGGAGGGAGGAAGGAAACGAGGGAAAGUAGAGAGCUCCGCCCCCAUCUCUCCGAUGCCGCCUCCUUCUCCGAUGCACCGCCGCUCUCCAGUCCCGCGUUCGGCUCCGGAGGACAGGGACGAGUCGGUGGCAGAGACGGCGGACAGCUCCGUCAUCAUCAGGAUGACGCCGCGGCAGGAAGGGGAGGAGCUUCUGACGGUGGAAGUGUUGGAGGAAGGAGCAAAGAGGGAGGAAGAAGAGGGAUGA